AUGAAUCGCUACAGCAGUUUCACGUCUGUGAAUAUAGAAAGUGUACCAAAUAAGAAAACGGGGGAUAUUUCAUCUCAAGGUGACAGCUACGUACAGUUAGAAAAUCUCCAGCUAGGAAGUGCCAAUUCGAAUGAAAAACUCCCGCUUCUGCCUCACGAAAAAUGGCUCCGGCGACUCAUGUCCAUCUUCUGUGGAACCUUGAAAAGAUCGUACGAUCCAGAUAGCACUGGAGAUUUUAAAAGACGACUUGGAACUUUUGCUGGAGUUAUUGCCCCUAUUGCUCUUGGCCAGUUUGGAAAUAAUCUUUUUCUGCGUACAG